AUGUUAUUUUAUGAAUGGAGAACAGAGCGUCAAUUUCAUCGUGCACAAGAGGAACAUGACAAAAUUCAAAUAUCUGUUUUACGUGAUAAUCGUACACAACAAAUUCCUAUUAUAGAACUUGUUGUUGGUGAUCUGUGUUUUAUAAAAUCUGGUGAUUUUUUACCAGCUGAUGGCUUAAUUGUUCAAGCAAAUGAUCUUAAAGUUGAUCAAUCUCCUAUAACAGGAGAACCAGAUUUAAUUAAAAAAAAUGAAAAUGAAGAUGUUGCACUUCUCUCAGGUACACAGCUUAUGGAAGGUAGUGGUCUAAUGGUUGUUGUUGGCGUUGGUCUUAAUUCUCAAACAGGAAUUAUUCUAAGUUUACUUGCUGCAACAACAAAGAAUUCAAAAGAUUAA